GUAGAAUCUCAACAACCAAACAAUGUAUUGUUAAAAUGCAUCCAUUGUAUCAAUACAUACAUAUAUAUUAUGGUUAUUCAUUACAAUGCAACGAUUUAACAUUCACAACUUUCACACGACCCUAAACAUUAUCUCUUCCUACUCAAUUGGUCGCUAUAGUAUAAUUCCACAUUCACAAUUUCAAUAUUAAUAUUUGAAUCAAGAUGCGAUAACCUAUAUGACUAUAUCCAAGGGAUAGAUCUUAACGGCUUGUUUUCAACUUUUUGUUCAAGGGUUUGUUUUGUAUGUCGAAAGGGGGCUAAAAGGGUUAUUAACCCUUCAUUUUGCCCCAAUUGUGAAGUGUCCUUCCUUUUGGUGAUCCAGUGCGGGUCUUGGUUUAGCGCUCGGUCUUUUCUCCGUGAAACGGCAGGCACCAACGAGAAGCUACGAGAGCCCUACCCAUCGUCACUCUGGCGGGAACCAAGUCGACGUGACUCUAUUCUCCUUUCUCCACCUCCAAUCCGACACUGGAAUUCCUAAUUCUUAGCUUCUCCCUUUCAAAUUGGUAAGUUCUCUCUCUCUCUCUCUCUCUCUCUCUCUCGCGGUGGCUUAUUCACCGAUUUCCCGACAAGGGUCAACGUAAAACCCUCCUUUCUAAUGUGUCGAUUUCUAAUCUGAUGGUUUGAAUCAGUGUUUGGUCGUUCCGGGCUUUUUCCGCUGAAGUGGGUUUUGAAUCGAUUCCGCGGUUGCUCCAGUUUCGAGCUCUGAUUCUGUGUGGUUGGAACUUGAACGACUCGCUCGCCCUUUUGGACCUCACUCCCUUGCCCGUUGUGAAAGAGUGCUCUUGGUAUCAAUCUAUUGGUUUCUCUCAGCCUUGGCUUCGUAUGUUGGUGGGGCUGUGGAGUUGAGAGAUAGAUUCAGUUAAUUUUUGAAACACGCUGGUCUAUUGGUUCGUCUUGUGACUGAAUCUCAGCGUUUUGUCUAGCUAUGUAGGGUUAAUACCCGGCUAGUGCUUUUAUUUUGGUUGCUACUGAUUUGGGGAUUCUCGGCUAGUGAACGUCAGAUUGGUUAUUGACUUAUUGGAAAGGAACUGAUUGGAGUUUUAUUGUGUUUCCCCAGAACUGUAACUUUUGAAUUUGUUUGUUUAGCGAUUAAAUCUGAAACCUUUUGUAUGAAGGUCUUAGCUUUAACUCGGUUUCUUUGGUCUGUAAUUGCCAGUUCUGAAGUGAUGCACUCAUGUCACCUCGUAUUGGUGAAGGGCCUGUCAAAUUUUUAUCGAAUGAGAUGUUUAGAUUCUUCUUUUGAUGUUGCUUUGUUCCAACAACAGUUAUCAGUCUUCCUUUACAUGUAUAGGAGUUGGAAGAUCUCAUUUUGUUUUAUGUUUUGCUGUCUUUGUAAAGGGUCUGGGUCUAAUGGCUGAUGAGCAAAUUGAUUUUGAGGAUGAAGAAUAUGGAGGAGCUCAAAAGUUGCAAUUCCAGGGAAGUGGUGCAAUUCCUGCUCUUGCGGAAGAAGAAAUGGGGGAAGAUGAUGAGUAUGAUGAUCUUUAUAAUGAUGUGAAUGUUGGUGAGAAUUUCCUACAGAUGCAUCGAUCUGAACCACCGGCCCCCCCUGCUAACAUGAACAAUGGGGCAUUCCAAACUUCUAAUGCUCCCGAAUCAAGAAUUGAGGCACCAGCCGGGGGUGGUGGUGUUAGUGUGCAAGGGGUAAACAUACCUGGAGUUGUUGCUGAAGGGAAAUACUCUAAUCCUCCAACACAUAUUCAAGAGAAAAAUGAGGUUCCUGGUAUAGUUAAGGGGCCAGAAAAUGGUUCAGCUGCGUACUCGGAUGCAUCUGCUUCACAAAAGGGUAAGGUCAUGGAGAUCGCACGUGAUACCCAAGUUCGUAGUUUGGGAUUUCAAGGAGCAGCAUCAAUAUCACCCAGUAUCGGGGUUAAUCCUUCUGAUACAACUAGAAAGGUUCCCAUGGAGCCACAACCUAUGGCAAGUACUGGAACAGGUAGUCUGACAGGUGUUCCACAGAUGCCAGCUAAUCCUAUGAACAUGAACAUGGAUACCAAUAUCAUUAGUGGAAAUCAGAUCAGGCCACCUUUAGACAAUGGUGCAACUAUGCUGUUUGUUGGAGAAUUGCAUUGGUGGACGACUGAUGCAGAGCUUGAAAGUGCUUGUUCUCAGUACGGGAGAGUCAAGGAGAUUAAGUUCUAUGACGAAAGGGCUAGUGGUAAGUCAAAGGGUUACUGCCAAGUUGAAUUCUAUGAAGCAGUCUCUGCUGCUGCUUGCAAAGAAGGAAUGAAUGGAUUUUUGUUCAAUGGCCGAGCUUGUGUUGUGGCCUUUGCUUCUCCACAAACAAUAAAGCAAAUGGCAGCUUCCUACAUGAACAAGAAUGACAAUCAGCCUCAGGCACAGACACAGGCAAGGAGGCCUAUGAAUGAUGGUGCUGGAAGGGGUGGUGCAAUGAAUAAUUAUCCAGUUGGAGAUGGUGGGAGAAAUUUUGGAAGGGGUGGAUGGGGACGUGGUGCACCAGGUGUUCUCAACAAAGCUCCGGGGGUUGGAGGACCAAUUAGGGGAAGAGGCAUGGGUGCUAAGAGUAUGAUGGGGGGUGGUGCUGGUGUUGGAGGCGGCAUCAAUGGGGGAGGCUAUGGACCGGGGAUAGGUGGUCCUGCAUUUGGUGGUCCUGGUGCUGGAAUGAUGCCUCCACAGGCAAUGAUGGGAGCUGGAUUUGAUCCAACAUACAUGGGUAGAGGGGCUGGCUAUGGAGGAUUUGGCGGAGCUCCUGGCUUUCCAGGCAUGCUUCCUCAAUUUCCAUCUGUUAACACGAUGGGACUUGCUGGGGUAGCUCCUCAUGUCAACCCAGCAUUCUUUGGUCGUGGUAUGGCUCCUAAUGCUAUGGGGAUGAUGGGUGGUACUUCAGGAAUGGAAGGGCCAGGCAUGGGAAUGUGGUCUGAGACUGGGAUGAGUGGAUGGGGAGAAGAGCAUGGAAGAAAGACUAGAGAAUCAAGUUAUGGUGCUGAAGAUGGUGCUUCUGACUAUGGCUAUGGAGAGGCAAGUCAUGAAAAGAAUGGACGCUCAAGUGCUGCCCCUCGGGAAAAAGAGAAACCUUCUGGUCGUGACUGGUCGGGGUCGUCUGAUAGGAGGCACCGUGAGGAGAGGGAGCAGGAAUGGGACAGAUCUGAAAGGGAUCAUCGGGAGCCCCGUCACAGGGAAGAAAAAGAUAGCUAUAGAGACCACCGAAAGAGAGAACGUGACACAGGUUAUGAUGAUGACUGGGAUAGGGGCAAGUCUUCUUCUAGGCAUCAGAGCAGGUCACGUGCGGUGCCUGAAGAAGAUCACCGGUCAAGGUCACGGGAUGCUGAUUAUGGAAAGAGGAGACGUCAGCCAUCAGAGUGAUAACACCUUUGCAUUUGGACCUUAUUUUCUAUCCUCUUGGGUUGCUAAACCGUCAGAGCAGCCUUUGCAGUUAUCUACAUUGACAUGUAGCUGCAGAAUGUGAUCUCUUGAAGAAAGAAGUAAGUUCUACUAGUAAGGAUGAGAGUGUCUAAGUACCUCGUUUCUUUCUUUCUGCAUUCUACUGAAUAUUAUUAGAUGAACCCAGUGUUUGUGUGUUAGAAAACAGAGUGGUCUUACUCUGCUACUUACAUGGCUAUGCUAGUGGGUCUGCACUCAAGUAUCCCACUGUUGAACACCUCAUUGAACUUAUAUUUGUUUUGGAUAGUCUGGUUGUCGGUUGGUGAACUUGAUCUAGAACUCUCAUCUUGUUUUUUUUUCUUUUUUUUGUAGCCGCUAAGAGACUGAUCUCUAUUGUUAUUUUGGUUAAAUGAAGCUUCAGUUGAUAUUUGUGUAGAUUUUCGUGGUAACUGCCAUGAUUUUCUUACUUGUACCCUUGCACUCAUUGGCAUCAGAUGCCAUUAAAUUUUGUUGACAGAAAGGAUGGCAAAUUGGCAAUGUCUUGGACCCUUGUAUCUGAUGAUCAUUUACCUAAUGCUGUUUAAUUUUUACUUUAAGGUUCAUCGGGAAAGCUAGGUUGGGGCUUUAACCUUCAAAAUGCCUAUUUGUUUCUUUUUUUAUUGGCCAUUUAGUGGUAGUGAAUAGUGGGAUAGCUUUCCUCACUCAAGUUUUUUUUUUUUGACCGGCUUACUCAAGUUUACUGCUUUACUUGUUUGAUUUGUUGCUAUAACUGAACAAAGUUUCAUUGGGGGACGGUCUAUGCCUGCUCCAAUUUGUGUCAUUAGCAUUUCACAUGAUUUUGGAAAGUGAAUUAAUCCCUUAGUUUCUC